AAAAUAAAAACAAAAUAAAGAUAUGCACAAAAAGCCACAACAAUACCUCUGCAACCAAAAAGCAAUCCCACUUCAACAAAGAAGUAGAACAAAAUCUCCGAUCCAAUUCACAACUCACUUAUGUAACUACUAUUUCCGUAAUAAUUUUCCUCAUCAUGCCAUCUCGUCCACUACCACCACCACCACCACCACGGCCACGUGUACACCACCAUCUACUUCCACCACUCGCCGGCGGUAUCGCUGCCGCCGCCGCCGCCUCACUCCUUAUACUCUUCACUUUCUGCUUCCGUAAAAUCAACCUUAAAAAAAAAACCGCCCCAUCUCCUAACUCCGGUUCAUCAAAACCCCCUCACCGGUUCACCUACACCUCUCUCAAACGCGCCACGUGUAACUUCUCCCCUUCUCUCCGUUUGGGCCAAGGCGGGUUCGGGUCGGUCUACAGCGGAACCAUCAAAAGCCCAAGCCCAAAUUCUAAUAAUAUCUCUGUUGCUGUUAAAGUAAUGGACUCAGGUUCCUUACAAGGUGAACGUGAAUUCCAAAAUGAACUCUUUUUCGCUGGAAAAAUGAACUCUAAACACAUUGUUUCAACUAUUGGUUUCUCUUCAGACAAAAGAGGUCGUCGUAUGUUGUUAGUUUACGAGCUUUUGGUUAAUGGUAGUUUACAAGACUGUCUUUUACAUCGUAAAUGUAGUGAAUUAAAGGAUUGGGGAAAGAGGUUUUCGAUUGCGGUUGAUAUAGCUAAAGGGUUGGAGUAUUUGCAUCAUUUUUGUGAUCCACCAGCUAUUCAUGGUGAUAUUAAGCCUAGUAAUAUACUAUUGGAUGACGAUUUUAAUGCAAAGAUCGGGGAUUUCGGAUUGGCGAGGUUGAAAGUAGAGGAUCAAGUUGAGAUUGAUGUGAAAAAGGAGAGUCCUUUACGAAAUGGGGUUGAGGAUAAUGGGUCUGUGGUUGAGGAAACUGAGAGUGUGAUUACUGUUAAUGGGGUUGAACAGUCGCCUGAGAGUUUUUCGGUUAGUGGGGUGGAAUUGUCACCUGAGGCACCUGUGGUGUCUCCGAGAACGGUGGCAGAUAUGGCGUCCCCGUCUGAGGGGAUUGAAAAAACGAGUCUUUCGGAGGGUAAUUUUGAUCGGUCGAGUAUAGAUAGUGGGGUUGAAAUUGGUCAUAAGAAGAAGAGUGGGGUGAAGAAGAAGAGGAGUAUUACGGGGAAAGAUUGGUGGUGGAAGCAAGAUACGGGUGGAACGGAUUCGGGAGUUGUGAAGGAUUAUGUAAUGGAAUGGAUUGGGAAUGAGAUCAAGAAGGAGAGGCCUAAGACAGAUUGGAUUGGGGCUUCGUCGAGUUCAGGGAAACCGGAAAAGAAGAAACAUAAGAAGCGAUUAGAUUGGUGGGUUUCAUUGGAUGAUGAAAAAAAUGUGAAGAAGGAGAAGAGGAGACCUGCGAGGGAGUGGUGGAAAGAGGAGUAUUGUGAGGAGCUUGCUAGGAAGAAAAAGAAAAAGAAGAAGCAACAGGGCGGAAUUGGUUCAAUUAGUGAUGAUUGUCAUAGUGAGUCUUGGUGGCCAAGGGAUGAUGAGUUGUAUACUGCUAAUAAGAAGAAGAAAAGGAGUAGGAGCAGGAGCAGUAAAAGUAGCAUGGAUUGGUGGUUGGAUGGAUUUAGUAGUGAGCUUCGGAGAGCUCGGAAGAAUAGUUACGAUUCUGCUAGUGGGGAGAUACCUAAAAGUGGUGGUACUGGUAUCAGUAGCACUCCUAGCAUGAGAGGAACUGUGUGUUACGUUGCACCAGAAUAUGGUAGCUGUGGGGAUCUAUCUGAAAAGUGUGAUGUUUAUAGCUAUGGGGUGCUUUUAUUAGUUCUUAUUGCUGGGCGUAGGCCACUUCAGGUGACAGGGUCACCUAUGUCCGAAUUCCAGCGUGCUAAUCUUCUCUCUUGGGCACGUCACCUUGCCCGAGCAGGGAAGCUUCUUGAUCUGGUUGAUCAGUCUGUUAGUGUUGAAUCAUUAGACAAAGAACAAGCAUUACUUUGCAUCACUGUUGCCCUGCUCUGCUUGCAGAAGUCACCUGCCCGCCGACCAUCAAUGAAAGAAGUAGUGGGGAUGCUUUCCGGGGAUUUAGAAGCUCCCCAGUUACCAGUCGAGCUUUCACCCUCACCCCCCUCCCACUUCCCUUACAAAUCCCACAAGAAGGUUCGGUGAGCUUGUAUCAGGUCUCAGUUCUGUACAAAACCAAAGUUUAUGUUGUUGAUUAUUUCUUGUCUUUGUGGUGGAUGACUUAUGAUGUAAAGAAGAGAUAGGAAACAAAGAAUUAACAGUCUUAAUGGAUUUUUCUGUUUGCCUUUUA